GUUGAAUUAACAUUGAUAAUGUUAUAAAAUUAUAAACCCUAACUUCACUUCCCUCUUUGCAGUCCCGCCACCCCUUGUAGUCGUGGAAGUGAUUUUGUACACAUUUUGAGCAGCGACGAUGGCGCCGGCGAAGAAGACUAAGAAGACUCAUGAGAGCAUUAACAACAGGCUCGCCCUUGUUAUGAAGAGCGGCAAGUACACACUGGGUUACAAAACCGUCCUUCGCACUAUCCGCAGUUCCAAAGGGAAGCUUAUUAUUCUAUCGAAUAACUGCCCCCCUCUGCGUAAAUCCGAAAUUGAGUACUAUGCAAUGCUUGCCAAAAUUGGAGUUCACCACUAUAACGGAAGUAAUGUUGAUCUUGGGACUGCUUGUGGCAAGUAUUACCGUGUUUCCUGCCUCAGCAUUAUUGAUCCAGGUGAUUCUGACAUUAUCAAAUCGCUUCCCGGUGAUCAGUGAUUAUUGUCAUCGAGAGCGUUAGUUUUUUUUUUUUGGCACCUUUUCUCUUCAGCAAAGGCCAGAAUUUGCAUUUAUUUUAAUGUCCCCAGAAUAGCCACCAAGUUUAUGCAUUAAAAUUGUUAUGUUGAUAACCAGAUUUUGUCAAUGUCUUUGAUGUUUUAUUUAGUUGAGACGUGGCCUUUUGUGUAGAAUGUUCAAGUAGUUUUACAAUUGAUAAUUCAGAAUCUCCUCGCCUUUCGGAUUGGCAAUGCAACUACGUUUUAGUUA